UCGGGACCUGUGGAAUUUAGACCCCGGGGCCUGGGAAAGGCAGGAGGCGUUGGCGGUGUUCACAUUUGGAUGUCCAGGCUCUGAUCGGGGGUAGGACCAGGAGGAAGAAGGGGAGCUGUGUGUGUUUCUUGAGGUGUAUAAGAGUGCGAGGAGGCGGAAGGCUGAGGCUGGAAACAGACUUCGUAAUGAAGAACUUUGAUUCGCCCUAGUUGUGUUCCCCUGGGCAACUAAGAAGCAAAUCCCUCACUCGUCAGUGAAACAUCCCAAAAAAUUAGAAAAGAGUGAAUUCACUUCAACCCAUCCUGGUACUGCUGGCGGGUUCAUGAGAUGAAUUCCGAAAUUUGACUGCAAUUUGUUUUUAACCUUUCGAAACCUUUUUUUGAAAUUCUGCCUGGGUUUCGGUCUUUAGCCCGCCGCAAUCUGACAAUGGCGUCUCUGCCAUUGUUGUCUGGCAGGGACUCUGUGCCACACGCCAAGCCGGCGUACGCCAAGCCGUUGAACGACCUGGACUUCCACUCGGGAGCUCGGAUGGAGGAGAUCACCAAGCUGAUCCAGGAGUUUGGCAAACACGAGCUGAGGGACUUCGAUGACCAGCGCGCGCUGGAAGUGCACACAGCCAAGGACUUCAUUUUUUCCAUGCUAGGACUGGUGCAGAAACUGGACCACAAGCUGCCCGUGUCGAACGAGUACCUGCUGCUCUCGGGGGGCGUCCGCGAGGGAGUAGUGGACAUGAACCCGGACGAGUUGGGCGACUAUGCCAGGGGCACGGACUACGACGUGGACUUCACACUGCUGGUGCCGGCCCUGAAGCUGCACGACCGCAGCCAGCCGGUGACGCUGGACAUGCGGCACUCAGCCCCCUGCCACUCGUGGCUCAGCCUGCGGCUGUUCGGCGAGGCCACCCUGGCCAAAUGGGUGGAGUGCUGCACGGAGACGGAGCCCAGUGACAGCAGCGGCGGCUACUACUUCUCCCCCACCAAGGUGGCCGACUGGUUCUUCCGCUCCGUGACAACCGUGAUCGAGGAGAUCCGCAGCCACCCGCAGCGGGGGCUGCCUGGUGUGGCGUUGGUGGAGAAGAACGGUGCCGCGGUCUCUGUCAUCCUGAACGUGGGCCGCAGCCGGCUCCUCUACGACAUCGUGCCGGUGGUCUCGUUCAAGGGCUGGCCGGCCGUGGCCCAGAACUGGCUGAUGGAGAACCACUUUUGGGACGGCAAGAUCACCGAAGAGGAGGUGAUCAGCGGCUUCUACCUGGUGCCCGCCUGCUCGCACAGGGGCGAUCAGGACAACGAGUGGCGGCUGGCUUUCUCUCGGAGUGAGGUGCAGCUGAAGAAGUGCAUCUCGGCCCACCUGAUCCAGGCCUACCAGGCGUACAAAGCAGUGAUCAUCAAGCUCCUCUCCCGGCCCAGGGCCAUCAGCCCCUACCACUUGAGGAGUCUGAUGCUGUGGGCAUGCGACCGCCUGCCGCACAGCUUCCUCUCCCAGGCCGACAACACGGCGUACUUCUUCCUGGGCCUCCUUGAUGACCUGGCCCACUGCCUGGUCAACAAGUCCUGCCCCAACUACUUCCUGCCCCAGUGCAACAUGUUCGGACACCUGUCCGACGCCACUGUCCUGCUGCUCGCCUGCCGACUCUCCUCGGUGCGCUCGGACCCCGCCGAGCACCUCCGCAGCGCCAUCGAGCACGCCAAGGCGGCCAGCAAACUGGCGCAGGAGCUGCGGCCGGGCUCGUCUCCCGCCCAGCCGGACGGGCUACUGUCUGGCACUGCCCGGCAGGACGAUGGGCUGGCCCAUAAGCUGCAGCAGCUCGUGACAGAGAACCAGGGCAAGUCGAUCUCGGUCUUCCUCAACCCCGACGAUGUCAGCAAGCCCCACUUCAGAAUCGAUGACAAGUUCUUCUGAGUGCGGGGUGGGGCGGGGGAACAGUAGGGUGGGAGGUGACCAGUGUUGCCCACCAGAUGUGACCCUCCCACUCUGGGAUUUUAGAGGGCUUGUUGUCCAGCGGACAUUGAGAAUGGUUAUCGGCACUGUAGCUUCGCCAGGAUCUAAUUUACUUCCUUUUAGUUGGUCUGGUGUAUUGAUUUAGGACUGCCUGCAAAACGAUACAGGGAUAGUUGUUAAGAUUAACCAGCAUUGAUUGCUAUUUGAGCUCUCCUGACUAAUCUUUAGAAUCCAACCCAAUGCUAGUGAGUCAGAACACUGAAGAGGCAAGUUAGACCCUUUACACUUUGGCUGCUGUUGGGGGUGGGGGGGGUGGUCGGCACGGGGUGAUCAUAAUGGUAGGCACGCAGUUGCUUUUGUGUGGUGGUGUGCAACGUGGCAGCUCUCUAGUUCCUUACGCAGCCCGUCCUCCCUGGACUGGCCGGUAGAGAACGCCUAGCCAGACGGCAAGAGUCCAGGGUGGGCACUGAAUGCGUAUGUGACAACUUUACCAAGGAGCAAAAUAGUCAUAGCACUGGAUGCAUAUCUUUUAUAUAUAUUAUGGCUGGUUGUCAAUUGGAACUGACCUACAGCGAGCGGUUAAUGAAUGGGGCACGUGGCUGGGAUUCCAUUGACCUAAUCAAAAUGGUUUGGCCGUGUCCUGUUUUAAUAACGGAUGCUUGUCGGGGCUGAGCUUCUGGUUCAGGAAUCCAGUCUUCUUUCUAACUUGUUUCUGAAUUGGUUUUAAUGUUUGGCCUCUGAUUUGUUAAAGUUGUGAGAUAGUUAUAUUUGGUGGUGGGUGCUCAGUUAGCGGCCAGUAGAUCACAAGAUCAGACAGGAGUGUGGUUUGUUUGUUUUUUUUGACUUGUGGUUUUUCACCUGGCUGGCCCGCAGAUCAGGACUGGUCAGCACAAAGCCUGUAGCUGGUUAGUCAGUGGGAAAACUGUAACUGAUUGUGUUGAACUUUAGACUUGGGAGAUCAAUAUCACGCAGUGUAGCUCCCUUCCCCUUCCUGGCCACUCCCAGUUUCCCCACUCCCCACCUUCCGAUCCUUCUUGCUGGAGCUACUGACAUUGCCAGUUGAUUGUGCCUUCGAUCAGUUCAGGGACGCUGUACUGUCAGAAGCAGAAACGUGUAGCUGAGAUUUGAGUGAUCACUGUGUCUGCUGGUCAGUGACACACUAACCUAAAUUACCUGGGGCCGGAAGUAGUUUGGAUUUUGGAAUGUAUAAUUCAAUUCAAUUCAAGUUUAAUUGUCAUUCAACCAUACGUGAAUCCAACCAAACAAGACAGCGUUACUCUGUGGCCAAGGUGCCACGCACAGUAUCUACAGUCACACACAGCACAAGGUACAUAUAGCACAUUCAAGAUUGCAAGCACAUGAAGGUAUCAAUAAGAUACAGCCACGGCCAAAAAAAAGUAGUCCUGUCCCAAGCCCUGAGUGCCACAGAAAGCUGCAGUCGACCACAGUACCGCUUGUCUUCUGCUGAACAAACGCUGGGGGCACUGACUCCAGCCUGGAGCCACACCACAGUGCCCCCGGUAGAGCACACCAGCUCUGACACCUCUCCCCUGGCCGCUGUAAACAGGUGACACCACGGCUUGAGGCCGAGUCCUAACACAUACAAGAUAGCAAGCACAUUUAGGAUAACCGCACAAAACAAAUAUAAAGUCCAGACCCUGAGUCCAUGAAUGCCGCAGAAAUCUGCAGUCGACACAAUAUAACUUGUCCUUUGCCAAGCGAACACUGGCUCCAGCGCCUUCAAUGGCUGUAAACAGUCGACACCACGGCUUGAGGCCGAGUCGUUGCUACAGUCAAGGCCAUGCAGCUAUAAUGACAUUGCCAUUAUUUCCAACUCUGAACAUAUGUGCUACUGGUAAGCAAUAUUUGUCAUGCACUUGUUCAUCACCCAUUUGUACUGAUGCAACCAUUCAGUGUGUUAGAUUUUCAUCGAUGACGACAUUGGAAACUCAUCAAUAAAUUUCUCUGCUGCUUCGUCAUCAGCAAAUGCUUUAUCACCAUAAAACUUUAAAAAUUUAAUGCCAAGCUAUUUUUUAAAUUUCUGCAAUCAGCCUGCUGAAUAUUCACAAUUACCUUCAAUUUUCAGUUCACCGUGAUAGGUCUUUGCUUGCUUCAUGAUCAGCGUACAAUUAGCAGCAUAUGUUCGCCCUGAAGCUGAUGAACCUACACUUCCAAUACCUGAUCAAGAUCUUCAUUUUUGGCUUGAUGUGUUGUUUUUCUCUUUUUCAUUAACUUCUGCCCGUGACGUCUCAGAACUGUCUGUGGUGUGCAGAGACCUGCACCACUACCUGGGUACCUUCCUAGUGUCCUGUGGAAUUUUCCAUCGUCUUGUCAUGUCAGUGCUCAAAAAACGUUUCUGUAUUUCGGACAGCUUUGGAUUUGGAAAUUUUGGAUAAGGGGUACGCAGCCUGCAUUAGAAUUGUAAAGGGAAUGAAUUUAGGGGAGCUGAUAUCAACACCUCACGGAAAUUUAUGGAGAAAUCCAUAUGUGGAUUGAAAGCAGCUGAAAAUGUGUUUUUGGUCUGUCCUAUCUUGCUAUGAGAUCCCUUUAGGGACUGGGGGCACUCCCUGUCAAGUUGGUAGAGUGGCAGAUUAAAGAGAAGGCAAUUCCUUUGCACACUCAGUGGCCACUUUAUUAGGACAGGAGUGGAACCUGGUGUGGUCGUCUGCUGCUGUAGCCCAUCCACUUCCAGGUUUGAUGGGAUAAGUGUUCAGAGAUGCUCUUCUGUGCACACCACUGUUGUAACAAGAUUCAGAUAUAUUUAUUAUCAAAGAACAUAUAAAUUAUGCAACCUUGAGAUUUGCCUGUUUACAAGUAACCACAAAGCAAGAAACCCAAAAGAACUCAACUAAAGAUAAAAAAGAAUAAAUAUAAAAUACUCAAUGCAUAAGAGAAAAAGAAUACAAAUCAUGCAGAAAAUUGAAGUGAACAACACAUGGUUAUUAACAAGAUGUUUUCGCCCGCAGAACUGCCUCUCACUGGAUUUUUUUUUUUUGCUUUUUGCACCCUGUAAAUUAUAGAGACUGCUGUGUGUGAAAAUCCCAGGAGAUCAGCAGUUUCUGAGACCCUCAAAUCACCCUGUCUAGCACCAGCAAUCAAUCCACUUGGGUCAUUUCUCCAUUCUGAUGUUCAGUCUGAACAAUAGCUGAACCUUUUGACCAUGUCUGCAUGCUUUUAUGCAUUGAGUUGCUGAUUAGUUAUUUGCAUUGAAGUUCAAAGUAUAUUUUAUUAUCAAGAUACAUACACAGUAUGUCGCCAUAUACAACAUUGAGAUUCAAUUUCCUGUGGGCAUACUCAAUAAAUUCCGUAGAGUAAUAACUAUAACAAAAUCUAGGGCAUUCAACCAGAAUGCAUUAGUGAGUAGAUAAACCUAAUAAAGUGGCUACUGAGUGUAUGUCACUGAGAAGGUAUUCCUGUUGAAGAUUCUGGGCUGGAGUGAGAAUAUACACAGGGAAACCUUUUUCUCUGUUGCAUGGGCAUUGCUAACACUUAUCAUCCAUCCCUAAUUGAAAUUAGGCAAGUUUUUAGUGAUAAUCUGAUAGUUUCAAAACUGCUGUUCCUGAGGCCUAGCUCUUCCAUUUUUUUUUAAAUUUCCAGAUUUAGUUUAUUACUUGGUGGAAUCUGUGGUCCAGGACUCUGAUUGUCACUAGCUUAACCUCAAAGCUUCUAUAUCACUGAGCAAUACUGUCCUGCCAACUGCGGUAUAUGAAGAAUAGAAGGAUACUUUAAGACUGAUUAUAUACCUGGAGGUCUUCUUGUUGGAAGAAGUUGGGCGAGAAGAGGUGGUCUGCACCAAGCAAAACCUGUGUUUGUUCUGGGUACACUGGGAAGUAGAAGUGGACAUGUCUCCAUUUUGCUAGGUCAGGGGUUCCCAACCUUCUUUAUGCCAUGGUACCUUACCGUUAGCCGAGGUGUCCCAGAUUGUGAACCACUCCGUUUUAUUUUUAUUCAUCCUUUAAAGUACCUAAGGUACCCUACAAAGGUGAAUACAACAGAAUUGACCUCUGUAUUGUACUGAAUGAUUGUGUGUUCAAACAGUGAGAUGUGACAUUGCUUUCAACUUCAGGGUUGAAUGUCUAGUAGGUGCAGUGGGGUCCCACCGGGCACUACCAAACUCUACCUCACUCAAUGAAGUUUUCAGUAUCUUCUGCUCACUUGCUGAGCAAUAUCAGAUAUCUCAGGGAGGGAAAAUUCAUUGCCACCUUGUGUUUGAAACAUAUCUCUUGAUGCAUUUGCUGAGGUUUGUUGUCAGUGUGCACAGCAAGUAAUUCAAAACUGCCCCUUUCAUUCUGGGAGGAUCGCUAAGAACGGGUGUGACUCUUCUCAUUUAUUUUCUAGUGAUGAAGUGAACCUUAUUAAAGACCAGAUACAUUGUAUAAAAGUCCCGAUUUAUUUUCAAAGUACAGACUUCACACCCUGGUGAUGAUUAUUUCUGUUUCUUCUGAACUGAUGUGAGUUUCAUAAUCAGUGCUGCUGCCACAUUUUCAUCUACCACCUGGUGAGGAGUUUCUUUCAGCCUCACCAAGCCUGGCCGUUCCGUACCUUGCACCUCCGGAUAUCGUUACAGUCUCUGUAUUCUUCACUGACUUCAAACUCACCGUAGUACUUGCUUGACUUGAAAGUAGUAUUGGCCAGGCCACCAUGUCAUCAGCAUCCGACAGGACAUCAGGCAGAUAUCCAGUCUCCUCAGCCAGGUUAUCUUUUCAUUCUGGCAUCUUCUCCCUUCCUGAAGAAGGGUCUCAGCUCAAAACAUCAACUGUUUUUUUUUCAUUUCCAUAGCUGCUGCCUGACCUGUUGAGUUCCUCCAUCAUUUUGUGUGUGCGCGUGUUGAUCUGGAUUUUCAGCAUCUGCAGAAUCUCUUGUGUUUUAUGUUGUAGAGCCUUCCUGCCUGCCACAGUGAUGCAGCUUGUUAGGGUGCUCUCUACUGCACAUCUCUAGAAUGUGGUGAAUAUUAGAUGUGCAUAGUCCAGCUCUCUUCAGCUCCUGGGACCAUGAGAGGUUGUGCGAGAUGAGUGGAUCGCAGUUUCCACUGCUGUGCUGCUGAUGUAACGAGGGAUAUGAGUGUUGUGAGUUCUUCUAAAAUUGAUAACCAUCUCCUUUGUUUUGUUGACACUAAGGAAAAGAUGUUUGCCUGGCACCAAGCCUCGAGCUCUUCCUCUCUGUAGGUCGUCUCAUCACUGUCGGUGAUGAGCCCCACCAUUGUCGUGUCAUCAGCAAAGCUGAUGGUGUGAUUGCUCGGGUAUUUGACCAUGCAGUCGUGUGUGAGCAGUGUGCACAGCAACGGGCUCAGCACACAGUCCUGGGGUGCACCUGCGUAGAGGACAAUGGGGAGGAGGGAGCAGUUGUGCAUCCUGACUGUCUGAGGCCUGUUGGUUAGGAAGUCCAACACCCAGUUGCCCAGUGGUGUACUUAGACUGAGGAAUAGGAAUUUGUUCCCCAAGGGCUGUGGGGCAACAGUGUUGAAUGCCAAACGGAAAUCCAGGAACAUAGGUGCCCUUGUUUUCUCUCUCUGUCAAGAUCAGGUGCAUGACCAGUGUUAUGGUGUCUGUCAUAGAGUUGUUCUGUCGGUGACUUGAAAGUAACAUCAGCCAGUUUAAAUCAGCAGGCCUGACUCUUCUGGGUCAAGUGGUCAGAGCCCAGAGAUUCAGGCUGGGAGGUUGUAUUUCCUCAAGGAAGCUUCUGCCCUCCUGGUUAACUCUUCCCAGAGCUUGAGAUAAAUCUUCAAGACAGUGUGCUGUCUGCUUUUUGUUUACUGAUAGAACAGUGCAGGCUGUUCAGCCCACAUGGGCCAUUUGGUGCCAACCUAUUAACCUUCUGGAGGUGUAAAAACUCCUUAAUAAGACCAUAAGACAUAGGAGCAGAAUUAGGCCAUUUGGCCCAUCGAUUCUGCUCUGCCCCUUCAUCAUGGCUGAUCCAUUUCCCUCUCAGCCUCAGUUGUCUGCCUUCUCCCUGUAUCCCUACAAGCCCUGACUAAUCAAUAACCUACAAAUUUUUGCAUUAAAUAUACCCAAUGACUUGUCCUCCACAACCGCUUGUCACAACGAAUUCCACAGAUUCACCACUCUCUGGCUAAAGAAAUUCCUCCUCGUCUCUGUUCUAAUAGGAUGCCCCUCUCUUCUGAGGCUGUGUCCUCUGGUCCUAGACUCCCCUACCUCAGGAAACAUCCUCUCCACAUCCACUCUAUCAAGCCCUUCAACAUUUGACAGGUUUCAAUGAGUUCACCCCCUUUAUAAAGCCCCUGAGACAUCCUGUCAAGUUCAACCAGGAAGUUUUGUGAUGUCUCAUAUAAAAUUAAGUCGGAGGAUGGCAUAGGUCUUAAACAUUUCCACCUUCUGUAGGCUUAAUCCUUGUGCUCAGAGUCCUUUUAGUCCAUCCCUCAAGUCUACCUUUCCAGCGGUCACUAGAACAUCCCAUCCAUAGUUGGAUCCCAGCUCCUAGGUCUUUUCUCCAUUUACCUGGAGCAGAGGUUGGUGGAUAGCUGUAGUAUUGGCUUGAAAAGAUCAAUGGGAAAUAUUUAUCAAGUUUAUGGAAGUGUAACAACAGUUAGAAAGGUACCACAUAGUUGAAAGGGUACAGAGAGAGUUUUCAAGGAUGUUGCCAAGUUUGAAAGACUGAGUUACAAGGAAGGAUUGAAUAGCUUAGGACUUUAUUCCUUGGAGUGUAGAAGAUUGAGGGGAGAUUUGAUAGAGGUUUACAAAAUGAAUAAGGGUACAGAUAGAGUAAAUGCAAGCAGGCCUUUCCCACUCAAGUUGGGUGGGACUACAACUAGAGAACAUGGGUUAAGGGUGAAAUGUGAAAUGUUUAAGGGGAGCAUGAGGGGAAACUUCUUCACUCAGAGGGUUGUGAGAGUGUGGAACGAGCUGCCAGUGCAAGUGGUGCACACAAGCUCAAUUUCAAUGCUUAAGAGAAGUCUGGAUAGGUACAUGGAUGGGAGGAGUAUGAAGGGCGAUGGUCCUGGUGCAGGUUACUGGGAGUAGCUAGAUUAAAUGACUCAAGAUGGACUAGGUGGGCCAAAGAGCAUGUUUAUGUGCUGUACUUUUCUAUGACUUCUUGACAAGAUGGUCAGCAAACACUAUUCUAGUGUGUGUCACACUGGAGCAUUGCCUCCUAAGGAAAUACAUGUUCUUCUUUGCUGUUGUCAGCUAAAUUUCUCCACUAUCUUUGCUGUAAUACUUCAAUGAGGAGUUACACUCUUGUGUCUUAUUCUUCAGGCUGAGGUGGGCACCUCUGACUGCCGAGAUUUCUUGUUCCCAGUGUGGAUGCCUGGGUCCCUUCAAUCUGCGGGUUAAGGUCAUAAGACCUCGGAGCAGAACUUGGCUAUUUGGCCCAUGGAGUCUGCUCCACCAUUCCAUCAUGGCUGAUUUAUUAACCCUCCCAACUCUAUUCUCCUGCCUACUCCCCAGAACCUUUGACAAACUUACUAAUCAACCUUCACUUUAAAUAAACCAAUGACUUGGCCUGCACUGCUGUUUGUGACAAUGAAUUCCACAGAUUCGCCACUUUCUGGGUAAGGAAAUUCCUCUUCAUCUCUGUUCUUCUAUUCUGAGGUUAGACUGUCACAGUAUUGGAAACAUUUUCUCCCCACCCACCACCAUUCUUCAGACUCUAGCAAAGUAUAAGAACUAUCAAACGCUUCUCAUAAGUAAACUCUUGAGAUUAUUCCCGUAAAACUGCUCAGGACCUUCUAAAACCACCUCCGCAGCCUCCAAGGUGGUGGUUCUGUAUGGGAUGACCCGGGAUGAAUAGUUAUAACUCCUGGGCCCUGUUGUCCCAAGGUUUGAAAUUCAUGUGACUGUGUCCUUUAUAAUGCUUAGGAUGUUGUCUGGUAAGCUACAAUCAAUCCUAAAACUGGGAGUCUGAAGUUCUGGUUCUUCAUGGAUGGGCAUGUCUGCCCUACAUCUGGGAAGGUACAUCUCACCUUCGAACAACCAUGGUGCGCAUAUAAAGUACACCACUCUGUGCCAACUCAGAAUUGGCUGAUGGUUCAACCCAAGCCUAUAUGGUCUGUGAUUGUUUGUCCAGCACUGCCAGUGGUAUCUCCGCUCCCAAACGGAUGUGUUUGGCAAAUUCUGAGUUUAAAUCAUUCUCUGAAUUGGUGCUUGUAAUCAAAUGCAUCUGCAAAUAAAUAGAAUUUAGGAACUAGAGCAUCAUACGGCAAGAAAAGAGGCCAUGCAGCUCAUCGAGUCUAUGCUGACCAUCAACCAACCAUACUCCCACUGGAUUCUACUAUGCACCCACACGAGGGGCAGUUUACAAUGAUUGUUAAACCUACUGACGAUCACGUCUUAAGAACCUGCAAGGAAAGGGGGAAUGUGCAAACUCCACACAGGCCAGGUCAGAAACUAAGUCACUGGUGCUCUGAGGGAGCAGUGCCACUAAUACAUUUGAUAUCAGGUAACAUCUUUUAUCAUGCAUUAAACUGUUUAGAAGCAAAAUGGUCUGUUUCGUGUUGGGCGUGGGAAAGGUGAAUACUUUUGUUUGGGAUGUUUUGAUCAAUGGUCUUUGCGGAGUGGGUGGGAGGGUCUCUGUGUUGUCUUCCUGUGCGGGACCAGUGAGUGCACUUUUCAUUUGAAUGUUACUGGUAAAAAAAAGUAAAGUUCCUCCCUGCGCCUCGUGUGGUGCAUCGGGCGACAACCUUGCCGUUUCUUUAGCGCUAGUCUGUUUUUUUAUGAAGCUGAGUUGCUAGCUCGACACUCAACCCAGCACGGAUGGAAAGCAUGUAAGGAGCUGGCCGGAUUUGAACCUGGGACCACAAGGCCCCGAAGUCUGGUGUAAUGCCACUAUACUACCGGCAGAAUGUUACAGGCUAGUACACAAACUAACCUACUAUCCGUGUACUCAGGGAGGAAGAGGCUGGCAUACAAAUCCCAAAAAAAAAACCCACAAAAUCCAAAUGAAUUGAAUGUUUGUGCAAUUAAAUUAAUUUGGUGUACAUUUCAAGCUUUUGUUUUUGUAUAUUUUGAUCACGUACCAAAGUCUCUUCUGCUGCUAAGGCUUUAAAUUGUCUGUCAUUCUGUUUCAUGGAAAAUAAAUGUGUUGUAUAUAAUCCAA